AUCGCCCCAGCACCCCAUUGUUUCCGCCGAUGGAAAAGACCAGAGUUCGGCAUAUGGGCUUGCCGACGUUUGUGUAGGUCGGGCCACAUGGAGGGCACAGAAUCACGAUUGAACCCCCUUCGUUGCCAACGCACACUCUCAGCACUGACCACUCAUCCGCCCUUUGAAACAUCAUUUCACAUUCAUCGACCGUACCACUCCUUCAAGCUCAGAGAUAUACGAACAUGACUAGGUUAGCUUCCUUCAGCUUCGACUUCAACAAGCUCAUUCUUCAAACUAGUUCAUUGAACCAAUUUCCGCCUGAGCUACUUACUCGAAUAUUUGCCAUUUAUCCUCCCCAAACAAUUCAAUCACCUCUGAACUACACUCAAGUUUGCUCACGUUGGAGAUCUGUUGCAUAUUCAUCGCCCGAACUCUGGACAACGUUGGUCAUCGAGCAUCCUCCAGCUCUCGAAACUGAAUCGGACGCAACUUAUUACGAGGCGGCACUGACAAGCUGGGUGCUGCGCUGUUCCGAUUUGAGCGUGGAUAUCUCAUUCCUUGGACGGUAUUACCGGGGCACCUGGGAUCUGCCUUCACAGUUCCAGAUAAGUCUGUAUGUACCGAUCUGCAACAAACUAUUGGUUGAUUUUUCGAACAAAUGGAGACGAUUGAAAGCUCCAUAUUUCUGGAGCGCUCACUUUUUUCCUUCCAGCUUAAAACAGUUCGCAGCUCUUGAAGAAUUAGAGCUUGGUGUAGGGAACUGCUCACCACCAAAGAACGAUCAUACACCGUUCCCUAAAACUCCGCGUUUAUUUAAACUGAGCUUGAAUCUCUCUAGGAUUCUACGUUUCCACUGCAUAAAAGACUUUAUUCCUGAAACAGUCAGAGACCUCACAGUGACAUCGGCUUCUGGUCCAAUCGGCAUCAGUGGAGACUUUGCGAUAGAAUUUUUGCAGCCCAAUCGGUUGCAGCACCUUACGCAUAUGGAUAUGUCCCAAUUUGGCUGGACUACACCCCAUGUUUUACCUUCCAUCACCUUACCGCGAUUACAAGAGCUUACACUCGAUGGGGCCAUUACUGCUUUGGGGGAUAUUCUUGGAGUGUUCACACUCCCUUCACUGAGGAAACUGUCCUUAUCAAUAUCGAGGUUCGAUGGCGACGGCGAACAUGGCCCCGUGGUCGGUCCUGCACUCAUUGCUCUACUGAAGAGGUCUUAUCAUGACCAGUGCGGUCUUGUUGCUCUUGGUUUGACGUCGAUGUUAGCCAGCGACAAUUCAAAUGAAGCAAUCAGCUUGGAAGCCUUGCAUUGCAUUCUAUCCCUUGCCAGUACAAUCAAGGAGUUGCAUAUCUGUUCAGAAGGAUAUACCGAUACCGCUCGCCUCAUGGAAAUCCUCCGCUACGACAGAGUCAGCCCUGAAAAGCAGAUUCUUCCACUUUUAACAACCUUUUCUGUCGAAUCCCUGAUUAAUCUCGACCAGGACUUCCUCGACUUCGUCCAUUCACGAUGGUGGCCAAAUAAUUCUUCGCCGAGGAUGGUUGGAGUGGCUAAGCUGGAAAAACUCAUAGUUUCUUAUUGCGAUCUCACGGAGGAGAUUGAAGAACAGUUGGAUGCAUGUUAUGAAGGAGGACUUGAAGUGGAAGUGAAAGUAGAGAGUAGCGAGCAAAGUUCCAUAUUAGAGUAGGGUAUUUCCGUGCAUAUAGACAAAUACUAUUGAUGAUUAUUAUGUCUCA